CCACAAGUCCCACCCAUUGCCAUUUGGUCCCGCCCCCGCAAUGGCCGCUCGUUUUUGGCGCCAAAUUCUCGCUCUAAUGGCACUGACGAGAAGCAGAGACGCGACGGGAUGCAGAGUUCACCUCAGAGGCGAUUCUUGCGUUUAGUUUCCUACUCGCCACGAGUAUUUGUGUUUUUCUCUUAAAUUAGAUGUUAAGUAGUUUUAAAAACUCGUAUUGCCGUUUGUUAUAAUCGAGUGACGGGGGUGAGGUUUGUUAUUGCAACUGAGGAGUAGCUUUGUGAUUUAGUUUUAGGUGAUUUAACGAGCAUUAUUGGUGCGUGUUUUGUUUUCUUAGAUAUCGUUCGUAUUUGUAAAAAAUCACUGAGCAGGAAUGUUUUGCGAGAAGGCGAUAGAGCUUAUACGGGAGCUGCACCGCGCCACGGAUGCACAGAUCCCGCCGUUCAACGAGGAUGGAGUCCGCCAGGUGCUGGAGGAGAUGAAGGUUCUGUACGAGCAGAACCAGACAGAUGUAAAUGAGGUUAAAUCUGACGGGAAGAAUGAACUCAUCCCCACCAUCAAGUUCCGCCACUGCUGCCUGCUGCGCAACAAGCGCUGCCUGCUCGCCUACGCGUAUGACCGUGUGCAGAGGAUCCGCACGAUGCGCUGGGAGUACGGCAGCAUUCUGCCCCCCAGCGUGAGGUUCCAUCUGUCCGUGGAGGAGUUCGAGUGGUUCAACCACUACAAGAAGUCGUUGGCGUCGUACAUGGGCUCUGUUGGCGGGGAGGAGGGACUGGAUCUCACGCAGGACACCAAGCCUCCUAAGAGCCUCUACAUCGAGGUGCGCUGCCUCAAGGAUUACGGCGAGCUGGAAAUUGACGACGGUAGCACCGUGCUACUGAAGAAGAACACACAGCACUUCCUUCCACGAGGGCGGUGUGAGCAGCUCAUCCGGCAAGGCAUUUUGGAGCACAUCUUGUCCUGAGACUGCUGUCACUACCACCACCACCCACUCUCGGACUGACCUGGAAUUCAGAAUGCAGCGUCAGGGGUCCCAACAGGGCCCUACGACUGCCUGCCACGUCGCGUAAACUUGGGGCUUACUAAAAUCAAACGGUGACCAACGGCAGAUCUGCAAACGCAUUGACAAUUGUACCCUGCUUCUCAAUGAGAGGAAAGGUACACACUCCGUAGCAGCAGGCCUAAGAGUCCUCCAGGCUGCUCUGCUCUGUUGCAGGAUUAGUUUAGCUGGCUAUGUGGAUCCAGAAGUCGAUUUAUUUGCUCUGGUGUGUGAGCACGUGUGCCGGCUAAAGUGCAAAAACAGCCUUUUUUGUCGACCCACUACUAGAUGAGAGCAAUUAAUCUCUACACUGCAGGCCAUGAUGCUCAUUUGACGAUACCACACUGACCAUAACACUGUUAUAUGGUGGUCUUUCCAUACAAGCACUAUCCAGGCUUGAGCCUGCUUAGCUUGAGAUCUGACUGAUACCUGACAGGAUUGCACCAUGGUCAUGCCAGUUAGUACUGAGAUUGCCCUUUUAAAAAAACAGCCAAGAAUAGCAAAACAGUGGCUUUAUUGAGUGACCCGAAGGUCAAAGAACACAUCAAGACGUUAGCAAUAUAUACACCUCAUUGUUUGAAACAAAGUUAUAAUUAAAUGAUAAAAUAAAAUCUGUAAUUCCAACCUUC